AUGUCGUCAGCAAAUUCCAGGAUCUGGAAUUUUAUUUACUAUAUUAAACCUCAACAAUCAAAAGUUGAGGUUGUGGAAAAAAUCAUGGUUAACAAUGCCGGAACUAUAUGUGCCGCAGGUGGAGCUGCAUGUGCUAUACCCGCAACUGGAGCGGCUAUUACUGCAUUAGGCUUUGCUGGAAGUGGUAUAACUGGCGGAAGUGUAGCGGCCGGUAUGAUGAGUAGUGCCGCAAUUGCUAAUGGUGGUGGCGUUGCAGCUGGAAGUGUGGUGGCGUUACUGCAGAGUGUUGGAGUCCUGGGUGUAACGAGUUUGGGAGUUUUACCAGUGGUAGGGAUAGGUGUUGCUGGUGCCGGUAUCGCAACUGGAUGCUACUACGGAGGAAAAGUACUAUAUAAUACUAUAAAACAGCCAAAAUCAAAGUUGUAA